UAUUAUAUUAUUAGAUCAUGAUUGAGUUGUAGUUUUUAGUUGAGAUUUUGGAUAGGAACCCAAAGUAGGAAAUAACUCAAAUAAGAAAAGGAAGUGAAGGAAAUUUAAGAACAGAGUUUGCAAAGUGGGUUCUUCGGAUUUCUUUUUUGGGGGGCUUUUGUUGAUUUUUCUAAGGAAUAAAAUUGUGAUUUUUGGUUUGGGUUUGAGAAGAUGGAGAAAAGUGAGAGUGGUGGAGGCGGUUAUGUAAGAGCAGAUCAGAUAGAUCUGAAGAGCUUGGAUGAGCAACUUCAAAGGCAUCUUAGUAGAGCAUGGACAAUGGAGAAGAACAAGAACAGGAAAGAGGAAGGGGAGGACGGAGGCGGCGAAGGUGGUGUUGAACAACUGAGGUCAAGCAACACCGUGAGAAGACAAGAGUGGGAGAUCGAUCCUUCUAAGCUUAUCUUCAGAAGUGUUAUAGCUCGUGGAACUUUUGGAACUGUUCAUCGUGGCGUUUAUGACGGCCAAGAUGUUGCCGUUAAACUUCUCGACUGGGGAGAAGAGGGCCACAGAUCAGCAGCUGAAAUAGCUUCACUUCGAGCAGCUUUUACACAAGAAGUUGCUAUGUGGCAUAAGCUUGAUCAUCCUAAUGUAACAAAGUUCAUAGGGGCAACAAUGGGCUCAUCGGACUUGAACAUACAGACCGAAAAUGGUCACAUUGACAUGCCAAGUAAUGUUUGUUGUGUUGUUGUUGAAUAUUGCCCCGGUGGUGCACUGAAAUCUUACCUGAUAAAAAAUCGGAGAAGGAAGCUGGCCUUUAAAGUAGUCGUUCAAUUGGCACUAGAUCUCGCACAAGGGUUGAGCUAUCUUCAUUCCCAGAAGAUUGUGCAUAGAGAUGUCAAAACUGAAAACAUGCUUCUGGAUAAGACACGAACUGUGAAAAUAGCCGAUUUCGGGGUUGCUCGUCUCGAGGCUUCAAAUCCUAAUGACAUGACCGGGGAGACCGGAACACUUGGUUACAUGGCACCAGAGGUCCUUAAUGGUAAUCCCUACAAUAGAAAGUGCGAUUUGUAUAGUUUCGGUAUCUGCUUGUGGGAGAUAUAUUGCUGUGACAUGCCAUAUCCUGAUCUCAGCUUCUCGGAAGUGACGUCCGCAGUCGUCCGCCAGAAUCUAAGGCCGGAGAUACCUCGGUGCUGUCCAAGUUCACUUGCAAAUGUUAUGAAGCGGUGUUGGGAUGCCAACCCCGAUAAACGACCGGAGAUGGAUGAAGUGGUGUCGUUGUUGGAGGCCAUUGAUACAUCGAAAGGUGGGGGAAUGAUCCCACAUGAUCAGCCUCAGGGUUGUUUAUGUUUUCGGAUAUAUCGCGGCCCUUGAUAAUAGUUUGACCCUAAAGAUGCUUUCAGUGUAGGGUUCCAAUUGAUUCAUAUUUAAUUGAAUUGGAAAGAAGCAAAGAAUGUAAGAUCUGAAAAUCCAAAAUUGUGGAGUUUACUGACUAGGAAAUGCUCCUCGGUGUGCUAUUUUUAACAUACGUUUUGUAAAGUUUUUGUUGUUGUUGG